CUCUCCCCUUGUCUCCUCCUCUUUGAUAUGCUGUGAAUGGGUGGUGAACUUUUUUUGCAUUGAAUUUGGCCAAUCUGAUUCUUGGGAUGCUCUGGAUGCCGGACUGAUGGCCAGCUGGCUCCGUUAGCCGCUGCCCAGUUCCCAAGUUCCACUUUUUUCUCUUCCCGGGAUUUUGGCGCGGGGGUGCCGAAUCUUGGAAAUGCUUUUCCUCCUCCUCCGGUGGCUUCGGUGAUCUUGUGGCUCGCCGGGAAGGAGGAGACGCGGCCACGGGUCAUGAGGAGGUUCUUGAUCGCUUUCUUGGUUCUCUCAUGGGCUUCUUGGAGCUCGACAGCGGCCGGCUCUGCCUCGACCCGGCAUGGACUCGCCAAGGAUCCGGUCAAGUUCAUCUUGGGUCAAGAGAAUUUGGGGCCAUGGAAAAAUGGCAUCUCGGAGGACGCCCUUGCAGAAGCGCCGGGGCCAGAAACGAGUGGGCCGCGUAGCACGCUGGUGUUAGCGGGAAAUAGAACAAAUAGGCCUGAUAUUCUUCGUGGGUUUAAGCAUUAUCGAGACGGUUGGGACACUUCUAAUCAGCAUUACUGGGCUUCUGUUGGAUUCACAGGUGCUUUUGGUUUCGUGCUUGCUAUCCUAUGGUUUGUUUUCUUCGGGUUGGCUCUCCUGGUGCAUCAUUGCUGCGGAUGGCAAAUGACAAUAAAAGACAGGGGAUGUCCCAAUUCACAAAGAAUAUGCCUCAUAAUGCUCCUGCUCUUCACAUCUGCUGCCGCGGUUGGCUGUAUACUUCUAUCUGUUGGACAGGAUGAAUUUCAUGGUGAAGUUUUUAGUACUCUGAAAUAUGUUGUCAACCAGUCAGACUACACGGUGCAGACACUCAGAAAUGUUACCGAGUAUUUGUCUCUUGCGAAGAAUAUCAGUGUGGCCCAAGUUUUCCUUCCAUCCGAUGCCAUGAAUGAUAUAGACCAUUUGAAUCAAGAUUUAAACGCUGCGGCAGAUACUCUGGCAGAGAAGACAAGUGAAAACUCUGGAAAAAUAAGAAGAUUAUUUAAUGCAGUGCGCUUGACAUUGAUCACUGUGGCUGCUGUGAUGCUUCUGUUGUCUCUCAUUGGACUUUUGUUGUCUGUCCUUGGCCAUCGGCAUGCAAUAAACUUAUUUGUCAUAAGUGGGUGGCUACUUGUUGCUGUUACUUUCAUCCUCUGUGGAGUUUUUGUAAUUUUCAACAAUGCAAUCUCUGACACAUGCAUGGCAAUGGAAGAAUGGGUGGAGAAUCCCCAUGCUGAAUCUGCUCUUAGCAACAUCCUUCCUUGUGUUGACCAGAGAACCACAAAUCAGACACUAGUACAGAGUAAACAAGUCAUCAUGGAUAUUGUUCAUGUUGUGAAUCAAUUUAUAUAUACAUACGCCAAUACAUACCCAGCCCAGGGCAAUCUCUAUUACUACAAUCAGUCUGGACCUAUGAUGCCGCCUCUCUGCUCUCCAUUUGACUCUGUCCUGAAAGAUCGCCAAUGUGGAUCGCAAGAAGUGUCAAUCGCAAAUGCUUCUCUGGUCUGGGAGAACUACACAUGCCAAGUAUCUGCAUCCGGUAUAUGCACUACACCCGGUAGAAUCACCCCUGCAAUUUACAUGCAGUUAGUGGGGGCAGUAAAUGAAAGUUAUGCACUCGAGCACUAUGCCCCUCCUCUACUCAGCCUUCAAAACUGCAAUUUCGUGCGGGACACGUUCCAGGAGAUAACCAAGACUCAUUGUCCUCCUCUGGAAAGUCAUCUGAGGUUGGUCAACGCUGGACUGGGCUUGAUCUCUAUAGGAGUCAUGCUAUGCCUUGUCCUCUGGAUACUCUAUGCAAACCGCCCCCAAAGGGAGGAGGUGUUUGUGAAGCUAUCCUUACCAAUCAAAGUCUGCGGGAACUUUAAGAGUAAUACCAACGACAACAAUACCAACGGCGGCAACAACAACAACAACAACGACAAUGUUCGUCAUGAUAUUGGGUCACCCAACACGAGUAGUGUAUUUUAGAUCGAAUAGUAGGAUCAUUAUAGAAGUCAGUAGUUUCCUUUUUCCGCUUUUUAUAGCUCAAAUGUCCUUCUACGGCAGGAAGAAAACCAAGUGGGGCAAAGCUUCACUUUGAGUUUUGAGGGGUAAAGCCUUUUCUACUGAAUCCUGUUACUAGCAUAUGGUAAUUUCAUUCUUGUA